CCGUCACGAUGUGCGGUCAGCCCAUCGACAGGACAACGCUAUGGGCGGCAUUAGCGCGGGCAUGACUUAAGUCCCGAUUGUGAAGUCAGGCUGCACUGUAUGACUCCAAGUCUUGCACGCGACUAAAGUUCCACGCCGCUUGCAAGCACGGCAGAGUAAGUUUCUGGCAAAUUUGCGCUGGCGAUGGCGAGCGCUAUCACGGUGCGCAUACGCUAAGAACGAACACCGCAGACUAAGAUUUGGGGCUCAUGAUUAUGAGUCAAAUGGAUGGCCCAAGCUCUCCCGCGAUGCUGCAGCGGUUGAGUCGUGUAGGUUGCGAAGAUCAGGACGUGUCGGGGGCCAAGUUUGGUCACGUGACCUAUGAAGACCCUUGGGUUCUACGAACUGCUAAACAGACAAAACAAACGUCAGCCCCAGUCUCCCUUGACGAUGAAGACUGUUCACCCGAGCACAGCCUUCUACAGAUCUCUACGCCACCUGACGUCAAAAGCGAGCGCACCGAGCCACGCGACAUUCGGGUCUUCAGGCGUCGCUUCUACAUCCUGUUCCUUUUCUCUAUCAUCUCGUUCGCUCAGUACUGCGCGUGGAACACAUACGGUCCCAUAGCAACCACGGCCAAGACGGUCUUUGAUUGGUCGAACACGGAGAUCGCCGUGCUGGCGAGCAUGGACCCCAUCACUUACCUCGUCACCAUGCUCUUUUUCUCAUGGAUGAUGGACGUCAAGGGACUGAGGAAGAGUAUGCUUGUCUCGACCGCGUUUAUGUUUGUGGGGACUGGACUGAGAUGUGUUACGCCGGACUCGACUUAUGCAAUAUGGACUAUGGGCGGCGGCCAGCUGCUGAAUGGCUUGGCAGGACCCGUCACCCAGGCGGCCCCGCCCUUACUCUCUGCCGCUUGGUUCCCGUCCCAUCAGCGGACUACUGCCACCGCAGUAGCGGCCCUGUGCGGCUCACUGGGCGUGGCCAUGUCAUUCGUUAUCGGCCCAGCUUUCGUCACAGAUGUCAAGACGGAAAUAAGUGCACUAAUGCCCACGCCUCUCAAUAAAUCAGCAAAUGUUAGCUUUUCCAUCGCGAGAUUUCACGACAGAUCCCUUUCUCUUCAAGAUUCGUUAUACGCAGACGCUAUUCACUACUGGCCACUAGACCAACUGAACAUCACACUCCGUGACUCACCCCUCCCCCCUGCGUCCCUAAAGACACUCCGCAAGAGAAGCUCAAUCAAAAGGCGUGGCUCCUCAGCGGAGUAUUGGCGCACCUCUGUUAUCACGACCAUCAGCGACUCAAAGAGCGACCACCCAGGCCUCGUGUUCGGCCGAGUGCGCGUGGAGGGUGGAGUCGCGAACGAGAGUCUAGCCACGAAUGGCGAGGACGCUUGGCUCAAUUUAGGCAAUUUUAUUAACAGCUGCUUGGGGGAACCUUCCUUGUGUGGCGAUGGCUUAACAGUCUCGUUCUGGCUGAAAUACGCGAAGCCCGACACCGAAAAGCAGUAUUUUAUGGGAACCAGCGGUACUAGCCAAGGCGAACGGGGCUUUCUGGUAUUCCAAGAUUUCGGGUUGGAUUCUGAAGACCAUUUGACGGUCAAAGUUGAGAACAGCACGAUGCUAUGGCAACGUAGUUUUCCGGCGCCACGUGACGCUUGGAUACACGUGGUAUUCACUUGGGAUGCGCGUGGCGGGCUGGCGAUUUACACCAAUGGGAGUCUAGUGAGCGAGGAUCAUACUGGUCAGCGGACUACCCCUGUUAGCCCAUACUCCACUACCUUGACUGUUGGUAGACCCAAUGACAGAUUUCUGUUCGCGAAUGCAAGUUUUGACGAGAUCGGCGUGUGGUACCGAUCGCUACACCCGGCGGAGAUACGAGCCAUUCACGAGAGGUUUAGGGAGGAGGAGGACGGGGAGAGUUUCGCUGAAGCUAAAAAGAGGCUCAUCAAACAAGGAAAACAACAAAUUAUGUUCCUACUCUAUAUAGAGUUUGGUGUCAUAACGGUACUUUUCCUAGCAGUGGUCAUCUACUUUCCAGACAAACCCCCCCUUCCGCCAAGCCACUCCGCGCGCAUCCAACGAGAAGAUUUCUUUGCCGGGACAAAGCGCAUCGUAAAGAACUCCUCGUUCUGGACCCUGGCGUUGGUUUAUGGCAUUACCACAGGCGUUUACAGUGGGUGGGGCGCCUCUCUUGCUGUCAAUCUUGAGACCUUCAAUGUCAGUCAAAGUGCCGCGGGAUGGUUGGGUUUCUACGCCACGUUGGCGGGUAUAGGAGCGGGACUAAUCCUCGCCAGAUGCGCGGAUCUGUUCGGCGGUCGCAUGAAGGCCAUUCUCGUCGUUCUGUUCUUUGGUUCAUCCGGAUGCUUCUUGUGGUUUGCUCUUCUGUGUCUUCGAAAAAUUCCUUACGACAGCAAUUCCUUGUACAAGUCCAGCAUUAUGGGUGGGUUCUUCGUGAGUGGCACUAUCCCGCUGUUUUAUGAGCUCACCGUCGAGUCCACUUACCCUGUGGCAGAAGGUGUCACGUGCGGGCUACUGACUCUCGUCAACAACUUUUUCACGGUCGCCUUUCUUGUCAUACUGACUAUCCCUGGAGUCGGAACUGUCUGGAUGAACUGGUGCAUGUUCGGCGCAUGCGCGGCUGGUAUACCCAUCAUGCUCUCCUUCCGCGAAAAAUACCGUCGUCUUAACAUUGACAAUACACCGCUGACCGAGCCUAAGGGUAGAAAAGCACAGAAACAGACUCUCGCCCCAGACUCUCCCUGCCCAAGCGCUGCUCGCAGGCUCAAGACACCCCUUGGUUCACUUCUUUCUGUCUUUCAAGACGGCGUCAUCAGCAAGAUGAGGAAAUGCAGCGAUUCCGAGAAUUUAAAUACGAUAAAAUCCUAACACGAAACGAUUAUUUACAUGCAAAGAUUUAUUUAUUGUAAACUUGUCUAUAUGAGACGCGUGGACAUGCGGUAUUUUCUCGCGCUGAAUGCGCGCGCAGCUUGGUCAUGUGAUUCCAGAUACAGGCGAUUUGUGGGGAUAAAGGAUGUAUUAAUAAA